AUGUCGGGGCAGGUCCCAAAGCUGCCGCGGGCUGCCUGCAGCUCCUGUCACGCACGGAAGAUCAAAUGUGAUCGUCGCCCUGGAAGCUGUACCGCAUGCUCCAAGACCCAAAUUUCAUGCCGAUAUCCCCCGAGCGAGCAAAUCCUGAAACGGCGGAUGCCGAGGGGACCAUACAAGAAGAGAAAGUCUCACCGAGAGAGAGAACUGGAAGAUUUGGUCAAAACAAUGGCACAAAAAUGUAACGAGUUGGAGGAUGCCGCCAAUGCAGCCCUGAACACGUCGCCCCAUUCCGCCGCUUCACCCGACUUGGGGCUUAUUGUGGACGUGCAGGAAUAUCAGAACGAAGUCCGGGGAUCAUCGAGUCCGAAAUCUGUCGUCGCAUCAACGCAUUCUGUAUCGUCCUUUAAGUACCCUGAAAGAUCUCGCCUUCUGAGUGAAGAAUAUACCGUCGCAGAAUGCCCCAACUUUUCUGGGCCAAGCUUGACUACUCAUAUUGAUCCAGAGCAUGCGGUAACUAUAUGCUCGGAGCUGCCUUCCACCGCGCCUUUGAACUCUUGGUUGCUCCGGUCUCAAGUAUUCGAGCUGUGGCACAUCUACAGAAGCCACAUUGAUCCCGUGAUUAAACUAAUCCAUUGUCCGUCCUUCUCGGAACAGAUUCUGCUUGCAACAUCUCACUCCUCAGCGGUCGAUUCCUGCAUACAAGCGCUUGUGUUCAGCAUUUGUUAUGCAGCGGUCGAUGUGCUUUCCGCUGGCGAGGUUGAAACUCGAUUCCAGCUAAGAAAGGACAUGCUUGCUUUCUUCUACAAGCAAAGGAUGGAGCGUGCUUUGGGGGAGGCGGCGUCGCGCCAGAAGCCGUCUUUACAUGUCCUGCAAGCCCUUGUUCUUCACGUGAUCUGCCUCUUUCGGCGGCUCGGGGGUGAUGUUCAAGCAGAUACGGCUUUGUUUGACAGGGCCGUGUCAGAAGCGCGCCUCCUGCUCCCAGAAAAUGGUGACAGCCACCACGAAAACCUGUCGCUGCUUGAAACACAGAUCUUUCUUCGUUGCUGGUGGGCAUUAUAUGUUCUUGAUUAUCACGGCGCUGCGAAACGCGGCUGGGCUCCAAGUACUACUCUGCACUCGCAGCAGGUUGCGCUUCCUCUGAACCUAAAUGACAUCGACCUGAGCCCAACUAUGCAGCAGCUUCCCGUUCCCAGGACGUCAUUCACCGAGAUGUCUUAUUUUCUUGUUGUCGUUGAACUCACUCGGCUUGAAGCCGCCUUGCCACAUCUCAAGACCAGUGAACCGGGUUCUAAGCAUCCAUGCGACCUGGGAUCCAUCGUCAACGAACGAGUGCGAGCGGUGGAAAUCAAUUUUCUUUGGCACUGCGAGACUUCUCGACACAUUGACUGGCUACUGUUAUUGACUGCCAAAGCAAUGCUAAAUCCAAUCGAGAUUCGGAUGCUUCGAAUGGGACAGGCGACUUAUUCAAUCGACAAGUCGCUGACUUGUACCGCAAACGCCGAUCUAUCUGAAAGGACCUUCUCAUUGGCCCUCGAUGUGAUUGAGUGUUGGUAUAUUCUCAAAACCAACCCGAAUUUGACAUCAUGGAGCUGGUACACUGAUAUAUUCCACCACGGAUACGACGUAAAUUAUAUCAAAUCGGAAUUGGCCAACCGGCCGGUAUCAGAACAACGCACUCGAGCCCAGACGUUGCUCGAGCUUGGGGUGCAAUAA